CUGACGUUGUAGCUAACUUACUAGAUGCUAGCAGCCAAAGCGAAGCUGCUCGUCAGGCUUCAUGCUGGCGCUAACGGUCAGCGUUUCUGCAUUGAGAGUAAAUGAAGGUGUUGAACAGCAGCCUGACUGAACAGUUUGACCCGCUCCCGCAAACCACACACUUUAACCCGUCAGCUGACACACACACACACACACUGAACCGGACGCGGCAGCUAAAGAUAGUUAGCUAGUUAGCUAGCACCGGAGCUAACACGGCAGGAUGGAUCUUUUUGACGACCUGCCGGAACCCACACAGACCACCGCUCCGGUUUCGCUGGCCCGACCGCAGUCCACCGAAGAAGAAGAAGAAGAGGAGGAGGAGAAAAGUUUAAAACGAAAACGAGAAGAUGCGGAGUGUGACAACAAAGAGGUGGAGGUGGUGGAGGCGCAGGGGGAGAUCAAGAAAGUUUGUAAAGAAGGUCUCCCCAUGCUGAAAGGCUACGUGGCGGCGAGGCGUGGCGAGCGGGACGAGAUGCAGGACGCUCACGUGCUGCUUGAGGACAUGACCAGCUGUCUGUCCGCUCUGCCGCGACAAGUGUCUCGCGUUUCGUACUUUGCCGUGUUUGACGGUCACGGAGGAGCUCGAGCUUCCCGAUUCGCCGCAGAGAAUCUUCACCACAAUCUGGCCAAGAAGUUCCCGAGCGGAGAAGCAGAACAUGUGGACAAGCUUAUUAAGAAAUGUCUCCUGGACACUUUCCGCCAGACAGAUGAAGACUUUCUGAAGAAAGCUUCCAGCCAGAAACCAGCGUGGAAGGACGGCUCCACGGCCACCUGCGUGCUGGUGGUGGACGACAUGGUGUACGUGGCCAACCUGGGAGACAGCAGGGCCGUGCUGUGUCGGAUGGAGGCGGCGGGAGGAGCGCGAGGUCAGAGGAGGUCCGUGACUCUGGCUCUCAGUAAAGAACACAAUCCGACCAUCUACGAGGAGAGGAUGAGGAUCCAGAGAGCAGGAGGCACCGUCAGGGACGGCAGGGUGCUGGGUGUCCUCGAAGUGUCCCGAUCUAUCGGGGACGGUCAGUACAAACGCUGUGGAGUCAUUUCAACCCCCGACCUGAGAAGGUGUCAGCUCACAGCCAACGACAGGUUCAUCAUCCUGGCCUGUGACGGUUUGUUCAAAGUGUUUUCUGCUGAUGAAGCUGUGAAAUUCGUCCUCGGCGUCCUGCAGGAGGGCAGUGUGGAGCAGAAGCCGGGGCUGACCGAGGAGGAGCUGAGAUUUGAAGCUGCUUGCCAACAGCUGGCCGGUGAGGCGGUGAGGCGGGGCUGUGCUGACAACGUCACUGUGAUCCUGGUGUCUAUUGGCUUCUGAACACGCAUCCGUCUGAUUGGAGCGAAUUGUCUUUGUCUCGACUGUUUUCAAAUAAAAACUUUUCUUUA